AUGGCGCCUCCCUUGCUCGUCGCCGUCUUCCUGACCCUCGUUCUGCCGGCGCGCUCGAGCCCGCAACUCGGAUAUGGCGCUCUGGACCGGCGGCUACCACUGGCGGCGGCGGCUCCCGCGGCCGACGGACUCGCCUCGGACGACCUCGCACCCAGAGGCAUGCCAGGCUUCAAGAUGAGCGCUGCCAUGGGAACGCUGCCCGUCAUAUCGGCCCGGGCCAGAGAUGUGGCGGAUGGCCGUCGGCGUCGGCGUCGGCGGCAACGAAAUACGGAGGAGGAGGAAGGCGGGAAAGGGGGAGAGACUGGGAGAGACAAGGCGUCCCCCCUUUCCUCCUCGGACGGAGACAACGGCAACAACAAGCUGCGGCGCGCUGGACACGCGUCGGCAGGGCCCGUGUCGUUGCCCGUCCUCCACGGCGCGGCGCCCAGGCUGCGGAAGCGAGACGAGCGGCAGGGCCUGCUCAGCUCGCCGCUGACGACGCGGUCCGACGUGGCCUACUACACCGAGCUGGAAAUCGGCAACCCGCCGCAAAGGGUGCGGGUGCAGCUCGACACGGGCUCGUUCGAGCUCUGGGUCAACGCCGACUGCGGCAACCUGACGGCGCCGGGCGACGUCAGCUUCUGCCGCGACAGCCAGCGGUACGAGCCCGGGCAGUCGGAGACGGCGCGGCGCAUCGAGCAGCAGAGGUCGCUGCGGUACGGCAUCGGCACGGCCAACAUCAGCUACGUGCGCGACGACAUUGCGCUGCCGGGCUCGCGCGACGUCAUGAACCAGGUGCGCUUCGGCGUGGCCGACGCGAGCGAGGACCAGUUCUCGGGCAUCCUGGGCAUCGGCUUCGGCCGCGACAUCGCCGUCAACUACAACACCUUCCUCGACGAGCUGGCGCGCCAGGGCCUGACGCGCACCAAGGCCUUCAGCGUCGCCCUCGGCGCCAAGGACACGGCCCGGGGCGCCAUCACCUUUGGCGGCCUCGACUCGUCGCAGUUCGCCGGCCGCCUGGCGCCCCUGCCCAUCAUCCCGGCCGCCCAGUCGCCGGACCGCGUGCCGCGAUACUGGGUCUCGCUGCGGUCCAUUGCCCACACGGGCCCCGGCCGGCCCGCGUCGGCCGACCCCCUGCCCGGCAGCGCCCUGCCCGUCUUCCUCGACACGGGCGCGACGCUGACGCUGCUGCCGGCCGCCGUGGUGCGCGCCAUGGCGACGGCCCUCGGCGCCGCCGUCGACGACCCGGCCGCCCUGUUCCAGAAGACGUUUUACCGCCUGCCCUGCGGCCUGAUGGACCAGGAGGGCAGCUUCGACUUUGGCUUUGACGGCGUCACCAUCUUUGUGCCCUACAAGGAGAUGAUUCGCCAGCUUGCGCAGCCGGGCCAGGACCCCGUCUGCUACCUCGGCCUCAUGCAGAGCGACAAGUUCUCCCUCCUCGGCGACACCUUUCUGCGCUCAGCCUACGUCGUCUUCGACCUCGACCGCAACAUGACUUACAUGGCUCGCCACGCAAACUGCGGCUCCACCCCCGAGGCCAUCUCCCCCAUGUCCAACGUCGGAGCCAUGACCGGCCGCUGCAACGAGCCCAGCCUGGCCAAGACGCGUCUGGACGCCUCCGAAGCCGUAGCAGCCGGCGCCGCGGCCACCAACAGCACCGGCCGCAAGAAAAGCGCCGCCGCGUCCGGCCUGGUGCUGGACACGGCGUCGCUCGUCACCGUCGUCGGCGCCGCUGCGUGCGCCCUCGUGUUUGGCCUCGUCUGA